UUUCAAGAUGAUGCUUUCCUCACUGCUGCCGCUGCUGCUGGUGGUGGCGCCGCUGCUGACGACGACGACGUGCGAGCGGCACCGGCGACAGGCCAGCAGGGAAGGCCGGCUCUGCAUCGACUCCACCGGCACCACGGGUGUCUGCCACUUCCAGUUCGACUGUAUAGCGACCGUGCGCAUCAUGACGCUUCAAGACCAGCAGUGCGGCUUCAGCAACGGCCAGCAGCUCUUCUGCUGCCCCGACGAACGGUCGCGACCCCGACUACCCAGCAUCCCCCGGCCAACGUUCCGCCCCUUUAUAAACACGCCGAACGUGGCGGCGCUUGCCCAGGCGCUGGCGGGCCAAGCCGUCACGCAGUCGCCCGAGGGCCACCCGAACCUGCCACUGCUGGAGGACGGCAAGUCUGCGGCGUCAGUCUCGGCGUUCGGAUCUUCGGCGGCCGCAAGUCAGACCGCGGCCGCUUCCCUUGGCUGGCGGUGCUUACUUACACCAGCCCCAGCCACGGCGGGCCGACGCUCAAGUGCGGCGGCGCGCUCAUCAACACGCGCUACGUGCUGACGGCGGCGCACUGCGUGACCGCGCUGCCGGCCGACUAUCGGUUCCACUCGAUCCGCCUGGGCGAGUACGACCUGAGCGGCAGAGACCCGACGGCGCCGGCGCCGCAGGAGUUCACCGCCGAAGAGAUUAUCGUGCACCCGGGCUACCACCGACCAGCGCUGCACCGCAACGACCUGGCGCUGGUGCGUCUGGACCGCGCCGCGCGCGAGGACGACGACGUGGGCCGCAUCUGCCUGCCGCUCGGCGAGUGGCGGCAGCGCAACUGGCUCGGCAUGAGGCUGACCGUGGCCGGCUUCGGCCUGACGCACGACGGGGGCGAGCCCAGCCAGCAGCUGAUGGAGGUGGACGUGCCCGUGCGAGCCCUGGACGAGUGCCAGCGACUCCUCAGGCCGCUGGCGCUGCUCGGGCCAGGCCAGCUGUGCGCCGGCGGCGAGCAGGGGCGCGACUCGUGCCGAGGCGACUCGGGCGGCCCUCUGAUGGCGACCGACCCCGACGGGCGCUUCCACCUCAUCGGCAUCGUCUCGUUCGGACCGCGAAGUUGCGGGUCCAGCGUCCCGGGCGUCUACGCGGAUGUGGCCUCGUACCUCGGCUGGGUGCUCGACUCGAUGAGAGCGUGAGGCGCCCGUCGGACUGUCCGAGUCACGUGAGGUCAGAUGAAGUCAACGGAGGUCAAAAUAUGGCACGUGUCAACUAAGGUCAACAGGGUUCAGCUGAGGUCGGCCGGGUCGUGAAGUGGCGGGCUCGCGAGCGAUGAACAGGUCGACGAAGGAAUCGCGGUAAAGAGCACCACCGCGUGGAACUAUUGGUAUAUAAGUAUUGGAGGCCUGUGGCGGACAGGCAUGGCCACUCAGACAAACAUUGGGCGGUGCCACACGUCGUCGGCUAAGUUGUAACACACCACAAUGGCGUGAGAUAUCUGCGACAGAAGCUCAUCCCUCAAGAAAGGGAGCUUUGAGUUUCAUCAUCCGCUGGGUGGUGGGUCGCACGCUUGAGUAAGACUAUCCGUAAAAGUUCAGCGAUUAGUUGAGGUAUCAGCAACUAACCUAGGUCAGUUGCAUGGUCAGUAGAAUCUUCGAGAAACACUGCGUGCUUAUGCAAAUAUAAGUAUGAUGAACUAAUUCCCUUAUCAGGUCGAGGAGCUUAUGAGCACGUGAUUCAUCAUUAUUAUGAGCACGCGAUUCAUCAUUAUUCAGUCAUGGUCAUUGGUAUGCAUUGAACCGCUGUGGAUCUCAAUGGCUAACAAUGAUAUGAAAGCACUUCUUCGAGUGGAAACGGCAAUAAAGAUAGGCUC